AAGCUAAAUAGCUUCGCACAAUCCAUCGGCUUUUAUUUGUAUAUUGCGUGGUUACAAAUAUAGGCACUUGCUUUACAUCUCCACCUUCAUUGCACGGCGUUUUGCAAAUUUCUUUUGUAUUGCUUUCAGGUACGAAAAAACGUGGUGCUGAUAAAUUUAUCGCCAUGAAACCGGAGGGCCAGAACAACUUUUCCCAAAAGUCACGAUCCUCUCCAGAUUCCAGCACUGAGAACAAUUCUGUGAGCACUACGAUUUUCUCGAUUCUCGACACUAUCAGAUACCCGUUACUUAGCUAGAGAAGUAGGAGUGAGAAAUUGGAAAAUUCUUUCGGUGUAUCGCUAUAAAUUGAGCAGCAGUGAUUCGGAAAUGGAAUUCGUUGGCACAAGUGCACAGGGAAUCCUGAAACAUAAGAAUAAGGAUGAGAGGAAAAUAUCGGAACUCAAGCGAAUGUUGGCGGAGACUGAAAUAAAUCUAAAGGCCCAACAGGAAAAGGGCAGUAUGCUUGAAAACUGCAUCAAGGAUAAGGAUGAUCUUAUUAAGACCCUGCAAUUGUCGAUUGACUUAGUAUCGCAAACAAAAGAAAUGACCAUACAGAAAUUACAAAUUCAAAUGAUGGACUUGCAAAGUUCUCUCGACUUGAGUAGAAUUGCAAUUAAGGACAACGAUGGAGGAAAUCGUGCUCCAGCACAUGAUAAAGUUGUGAAAGAACGAAAGGAGUUAAAUAUGGAAAAUGGAAAAUUUCGAGAGGGGAAUGAUCAGAUUGUUGAAAUCGAGAAAAUUUUGAAGUCAAAAGAAGAGGAAAUCGCGAGACUAGAAUUCAAAAUUGACGAGUCGAAGCUAAAAAUUGUGAAACUGGAAGGUGCAGUAAAGGCGAAGGACGAAAAGAUAGUGAAAAUGAAAGAGAUAUUGUCUGAAUAUAACGGGACUGAGUAUAAUAAGGACGACGAUGAAUUCGUAUUCCUGGGCUUUUCAAAGGUGCCUUCAAUUAAAUUAGUGACACUACCUAAUUUCGAACCCUUUGCCUCAGCUUUCGAGGAUAUUCCUUCUGCCGGUCGUGGUUGGAUGGUAAUCCAGCGUAGAAUCGAUGGCAGUUUCGAUGACGUCAUCAGUUCAAAACUAAAACCGGGCUGUGGGGAUUUGGGAGGCGAGUUCUGGCUUGGCCUAGAAAAAUUGCAUAAAAUGACGACAAAUCGACGAAUGGAACUGUAUAUCCAGCUCGUCGAUUUCGACGACGUUAGUGCGUAUGCAAGAUAUGAUCAUUUUGUGAUUGGAGGUGCAAAAGAGAACUACAAACUGCUUUGCAUUGGUAAAUACUCAGGAAAUGCUGGCGACGCAUUUAGCAGUCAUAUAAACCAACCCUUUGAUGACUUUAAUCUAUUCCGAUCCAUGACAUACCAUCCAUCGAAAUGGUGGGGUACAAUGAACUGUAACUUAAACGGAAUAUAUCAGAAAUCCAAAGUUGAGUUGCUCACGCCGGAUGGCAUUUGGUGGGGUAAUUGGAAUCUUGGGAAGAGAAUUUCCCUAAAAUCGUGCAAAAUGCUAAUCAGACCAGUCGUGAGCCAAGUAUAAUAACAAAUAGCAUUGUCUCGGAAAUAAAAGUUGGAAAAUAACUUCUACCUGUUA